AUGCACUUCUCAAGUUUGACAAAUCGACUCAGUCGCUGGCAAUGGGCCGGCCUUGCGAGCGUAUUCAUCGUCGCCUUCAUCACGGCAUUUCAAUACCCCGUCUCGCCACAAGUCAGAGACCCUGCCCCCAUAUCGAAUGAUGGGAGUGAGAGUGCCGGCGAACAUGCAUCACCAGCGGCACCUCAUAUAGUGUCCAAAUUCCACCUGCUGGCCCCAGCCAGCGGCUUCCACUUCCGGUUAUGUCGAUUACUGGCCUCGGCGAUGGCCCUGGGCUAUCCAGUGCCCACCUUGAAUGGCUGGAUGAAAGAAGGCGAGUUGGACGCUGCCAAGACUCAUUUGGCCAAAGUGCGCACAGUCAUGCAUUAUUUGAACGACCUCCCACCUUCAUCGGACGACGACCUGGUCUUGAUGAUUGACGGGUAUGAUGUGGUGUUCCAAAUCCCGGCCGACGUCCUCAUUGAGCGCUAUUUCGACGUCAUCAACAAAGCGAAUGAUCGACUGGCCAUGCGAUUCAAGGGCAAGUUCGAGAAAGAAGAGGAUAUGCCCCGGUUGAGUAUCCUGUUCGGGUCCGAAAAGGCCUGCUACCCACCUGAACAGAACCGUAUCGGGUGUUGGGCGAUCCCACAGAAGCUGGACAUUCCCAUGGGCGCAUAUGGACCCGUGGAUGGGAACUAUGCACACAACGUCCCCAUCUGGCUGAACUCCGGGACCAUCAUGGGUCCGGUCAAGGACAUGCGCUUGAUGUUCGCGGCCACUUUGGACCUCAUCGCCAAACGCUACAGCCGGGAAGGCGACUGGAGUGAUUCCGAUCAGCUGUACAUGAGCGAAGUUUGGGGCAUGCAAGAAUAUUCUCGCACGAUAGCCGAAUACCAGGAGUACUUUCACGGUGACAUCGACAUCAAUACGAUAUGGCCCACGGACUAUGAGAAGGUCCUUCCGGAUAUCGCCCCCGGACAACGAACCGAAUACCACAUCGGCAUCGACCACUGGUCCUCGCUGUUCCAGACACGCGCCGGAUCGGACCACGUCCUAGACAUGCUCACCUUCGAUCAAUUCCACGACCAAGAAAAUGCAACCUCAUAUGCCAUUGUCCACAAAAACACCGCCAACCUUCCCAAUUUCAAGCCCUUCACGAUAGACCUUCCCGCCAAUCUCGCAUCCUCCAUCACCCGCAUCCUCCGCAUGAUCGAGCCCGUCGUCGGCACCGUUCCCAGCAUCACGCAAAUCCGACUCGAGACCAAUCUGGUCUCCAAAGAAGUAUAUGGGAUGUUCCACUCCACAGGCGGCAAGGACUACCUCGACAAGCUCUGGGACCAGUCAUGGUUCUACCCGUAUGUGCGACCCUUGAUCGAGGCUAUGCUUCCUCGAGUGUCCGAGCAGCCCAUCGGCACUGCCGACGGCCGCACAUGGGUCUCUUCGCACAAGCUUGCGGUGAACUCGACCGAGGCUCAUAGCGUCGCGGACGCAGGGGCAUGGGCCGAUAUUGAUGGGGGUUGGCUGACGUGGGACCAUUUGUGUGGAAAGUUCGAAAAAGAGGUUUUUGAGGGCUACACUCCACCCAUGGAUGAUUAA